AUGACCAGCCAGACAUUGCCUUCACACUACAAAGACUGGCCAAACACAUUGGGGUUCGACGCCACAUAUGAGGAGAGGAAACCUGUCGAACUUCAAGUCGAAGGCACCAUCCCACCUUACGCGGCGGGUACUCUGUUUCGAACUGGCUUAGGACCUAGGACGGUACAAACUUCGAAUGGCAAGGAGUUCAAGGUCAAUCACUGGUUCGACAACUUUUCUCAAGUGCACCGCUUCCAGAUACACGCUUCCGAAGCAGGUUCGCCUGUCAGAGUGACAUACAAUUCGAGAUUGACCAGUGAUGGACUUAUCGAGAAGAUUCGGAAGACUGGAAAGCUUGAUGGUUUCACAUUUGCGGCCAAGUAUGACCCGUGCAAGUCUUUAUUUCAGAAAGUCCAGUCUGUCUUCCAACAGCAACCGCCCCAGGGCCCCAACGGAGUCAACGCCGCAGUAACAAUAUCUGCCAAUUUUCCAGGUCUGUCAAGCACUGGUCGGAAGUUGAAUGGCCCUCACUCUCACGACAAAAACAUAACUCUUUGCAAUAAGACCGACGCGAACCUCUUUCAGAUGCUCGAUCCCGAGACGUUGGAGCCUGUGGGUGUUGCUCGCCAGAACACCCUCCAUCCGGAGCUCACAGGAGCUGGGAGCGGUGCCCAUGCUAAAUCUGAUCCGGGGAAUGGCGACGUUUUCAACUACAAUCUCGACUUUGGCCGUACAGGCACAUAUCGAGUCUUUCGAGUCUCAGCGACAACGGGGAAGACUUUUAUUCUGGCCAAAUUCCACCAUACUGCUGCCUACCUGCAUUCACUCUUUCUGACCGAGAAUUAUGUAGUAUUGUGCGUCUGGAAUUCCACCUACAAGGCUGGUGGUGCUUCCAUCCUAUGGACUCAAAAUCUUCUUGAUGCCAUGGUCUGGAACGAUCAACAUCCGGCAACGUGGUUCGUGAUCGAUAAGCGACCACUUGAAGAGGGAGGCAAAGGGUUGGUUGCAAAAUAUGAGUCGGCACCCUUCUUCUGCUUCCAUACCAUCAACGCCUAUGAAGAGCCGUCCAAUCUCGACGGCUCAAUCGACAUAGUGGCAGACUUGGCGGCUUAUGACAAUAUGGACGUGUUGCAUCGCUUCUACUUGGACAAUCUCAUCAGCGACUCGCCUAAAGCAGCUGCAUACAUGGAAAGCCUCAGUCCAGCCGUUCGCCCGAACUAUCGGAGAUAUCGAUUACCAUUGGUGUCAGCAGCGACGGCUCACAAGACUUCAACAGCUGUGCUUGAGUACGAAAGCAGCAAUGGGGAUGCUCUUGAACUCCCCACGAUCAAUCCGAAAAUGGUGGCCCAGAAACAUCGAUACAUGUAUGGGAUCGUGGACACCGGCAAAUCUACGUUCGCGGAUGGAUUGGUAAAGCACGAUGCAGAAACUCAUACCGUAAUCCGAUGGAGCAAGCAUGGCCAUACAGCCGGAGAGCCCGUCUUCGUGCCAGAUCCUCGGUCCAGUGAAGAGGAUGGAGGUGUACUGUUGACGGUGGUGCUCGACGGCUUAGCUGGCCAAAGUUACCUGCUAGUCCUCGAUGCCAAAACGAUGAAAGAAGUCGGCCGUGCUCAUGUGAACGGAGUGCUUGGAUUUGGGUUCCAUGGUCUUCAUGUCAGUUCAGGAGAGCGAGUUGGUCGAUUCAAUGGACUCAGCUUAUGAGGUGGUUGGGAGUCAGAGUACCU